AUGGCCAUCCGCACCGAGAUCGAGAUUGCCGCUCCCCCGGAGCAGUCCCCCGACCCUAACAGCAGCGAUUACUACCAGUUCCUCGACUUCCAAGCCUUCCCCACCUGGACCAACGGCUUCAUCAAGUCCAUCACCCCCGCGGACCCCUCCGCCGCGCCCGGCACGCGCCUGACCGUCGCCCUCGAGGGCAUCACCAUGUCGCCGACGGUGCUCACCAACUCGGAGAGCGAGUUCAGCUGGCGCGGCAAGCUGUGGAGCGUCCCGGGGCUCUUCACGGGUGACCACUACUUUCGCUUCCGCCCCAGCGACAAGACGCCCGGCGGCACGACGCUCGAGCACGGCGAGGACUUUUUCGGCGUGCUGACCUUCAUCAUCGCCGAGGGUACGGGCUUCUGGGAGAAGACCAAGAAGGGCUUCGAGGGGUUCAAUGAGGAUAUCAAGAAGAAGUGCGAGGGCGACAAGUAG